GGGGGGGUAGCUCGGUCGACAUCUUAAAAAACGGACCCCGUCCCGAGACGUCCUGCACAGUUUUCUUUCUUUCCUUUUUUUAAGCGAAUUGCUCGUCGCAGACGUCCUCACAAGGAAACGUCGUAAUAUAACAGAGUCCACACUGACACUGUGAAGCUGUUUUCAGUCCCCUUUCUUAGAAGAUGGGCAGCCAGUAUCAGCGCUCAGUUCCGCUAGAGGUGAGGAGAGCGGAGGGUGAGAGAGUUCGGGCCAAGCACCCUGACAAGAUACCGAUCAUUGUUGAGAGGGCUGCCCGGUCACGAGCACCUGAUCUUGACAAGAAGAAAUACCUAGUGCCCUGCGACCUAACAGUGGGCCAGUUGUGCUUCCUCAUCCGACAGCGGGUGUCUAUAAGACCAGAGGAGGCACUCUUCUUUUUUGUCAACAACUCCCUCCCCCCUUCCAGCUCCCCUCUCUCUGCUGUUUAUGAGGAGCAUCAUGAAGAGGACCUGUUUCUCUAUAUGACCUACAGUAAUGAGAGUGUUUACGGCGCCUGAUAAGAGGAGCGGCAACAAAACAAAGGGAGCAUGAGAGGAGGAGGAAAUGAAGAGAAGGAAGAAAGUCCUGAGGGGGGAAAACCCAGAUUAGGUUGAUUAAAAUGCGUGACGCCACUUCACUCGUUUAGAUAAGACUUCAGUUGUUUUAAGAAAGAAGACAAAAGGGAUUGUGCACAAGGUUUACCUUUGUCAAUGAUCUACAGUGACCAUAAUGUGCUUCAUUAUACACGGCACUAUGAGGACUCGGGCUUCCUUGAUGAAAGAAAGAAGGGUGAAGAAAGUUUGAAUUGAAAAAAAAAAAAAACUAUGUAAAGGAAAGUUACUCACAAUGAUUCUGGAAGAGCUCCCCCGGUUGUCCUAUUUCUCUCAGUAUUUAAUGCAUAUUGUAUUUUUUGUAAAUUACCUUCAACUUUUGUGGAAAAUAAAGAUGAAAAAACA